UCUGCUAAAUUGAAGGAAAACUUCUCUUUUAAAUUAAACAAUUUUCACGUUUCUUUUUUUGAUUUGAAAGAGGAGAAAGAUAGAAAAAUACAAUGGGGGAUAAUCUCCGGUGCAAUUUUCCGUUUCCGGCUCCGUUUUCGGAUUCCCAGGCUUGUGUAAGUGAGUUGACUAGGACGAACUCGGACUCCUCUGGCUGUGCUGUAACCAUUGAGAGCUUCAGAGAUCCUACUGCUAAUGCAAGACCGGGUCAAAGUAUGGUUUGGACAAAUGAGAAGCACAACUUAUAUCUUGAUUUCCUAGAAGCAUCAUUUGUUAAGCAGUUGCAUUGUUCCAUAAGUUUGCAUGGCUGUCACUUAAAAGAGGAAAUUUGGGGGUCAUAUCCAACCCAAAAACUUCCAGCCAAAGGACAUAAUUCUUCUGAUCAGAUUUCGAUUCUACAAGAUGGCUGCUGCCAGAAGAUAGACUAUGAGAGCAAUGACCCUUUGUUGGAUAGCACUGCUGAUUCUAACCAAAUCCUGGGAAGUCCAUGGAUAGAACAUUUUAGAUCUGCAGGCAAAAGCAGCUCCUCAACAUUUCCUGUUCCAACAGAAACUGCGGUUCUAAAUGAUGGAAUCUACUUGAAAAGUAAUUCGAACGUUUCUUACAAAUCAGCAAGAAGCUCCCAACACCAUCUGAUAUUUCAUUCCUGCAAUCAAAGUUUGGAUUGCUGCACCCCUGAGGUCUCAGACCAGAAUUUUGCGGAUGAAGACCAAGGAAAAAAGAUCAGCUGUGUGUCUGGGGCAAAACGCUUGAAGAUGACGGCAAUGCUUGGUGCUUCAAGCAACAGUCAAGUAAUGUUGUGCCACUUGGAAGAUUACAUUCAGUAGAUGACUCCGUCAUCAGUGACACAUCUACAAAAAGAGGGAAAAAGAAAUUGCUGUCAGAGCAUCCUGAGAGCUUCCCCUGUCCAAAGUCUGACAUGUGUUACUUUCUAAGGGAGAGUUAAAUUGCAACUUGAAACCGAAAUCACUGAUACAUGUAUGGCUAAAGAAAUGGGACAAAUUCAGCAAGUUUCUGCCUGGUGCCUGAUUGAAGAAGAAUGCUGUACCAAAAGUUGAUUUGGGGUGAUUUGUCUUGUGAAUGAUUAUACUGGGUGGGCACAACAUGGUGAGUGUGCAUUCAGAAGAUUUGACAUUAGAAAAGGAAGAAUUCUUUUGUUCUUUUUCCCUCUAUGUUUUUGGACCCGCACUGAGAUUUGCUUAUACAUAAUUUGCAUGCUAACUAACUUCUGUGGUGGUAUCUGAAGUAUUGGAGAUCGGUUUAUACUUUAGACUGGCACAAUGAAUAGAUAUAAAAGCUGGGGAAUGCAAUUUACACUCGGCUGAUGGCAGGGGUGUUUUGGAGUUGCCAGUGAUGUAGUCUUUGGUGUCUAACUCUUAACCUGUAUUUUCUCCAGAUGUAUCAUAGUUCUAUCACUGUCAAUUUUGGUUUUGUUUCUCAGUUUUCCUUUUAUUUUGAUGUAGUGUUAAUUAAUAGCAUAAAUCAAUGUAAACAAAUAUAGUCUUAACAUUGCCUAAGCGAUUCAAAUUCCCAUGCUGGUUUGCUCUA